AUGAGUGACAAAGAAGCAUCUGAGACAGCGACCAAAAUAGACCUCCAAGAGGAAGAAAAGGCUUCUCACGAGACACCCGAGCUGGCACCUGCCGCUGAGAAGGCCGAGGGUGCGUCCUCUGAUGCUGCGCCGCCGCCAAUGCCAAAACGACCAGUGUCUGCAGCCGAACGGGCGAUCCAAGAUCUCAAGGAGGCGUUCCCAACUGUGGAGGAGAAGUACGUGAAAAUGGCCCUGAUUGCGUCGCAGGGCCAAUUGGACCCUGCCUUCAACGCGCUGCUGUUUUUGUCGGACCCUUCGUCGGAUAUCGCCGUGCCUGUUGUGGAGACCAAGCCAAAGUUGCCAUCGAAGGACUCGUUCGAGAAACGGCAGCAGCUCGAGUCCGACGAGGCACUGGCCCGUCGGCUGGCCCGCGAGUACGAAAAACGCGGCUCUCGCUCAAAGGCUCCGCCGCCAAAGCCCAAGAAGAAGCCUGUCUGGGCUGCGAUCGAGGACGGCUCUGACGACGAGGAGGACUUUGUCGAGUCGCUGGCCAAAAACGUGGAGGAGGCCAAGAAUACUGUUGGCGGCUGGAUGAGCAACCUCGCCAAGAAAAUACAGACCGAGGUCAACACCGUGCAGCAGGGCCAGGGCGAGAACCAGCUGUUCAACGCGUUUGGCAGGAAAUCCAGCAUGCAGUCCAGCAGAAGCCGCGACGAUAGCCAGACCCCGCCUCCGCCUCCCGUGAGGCCGCCACGGCCGCAAAAGACGAGCUCUGUGGCUGAGUCGCACAAGAGCAAGGAGCUGGAAGAGCAGGUCGGAGGAAUAAAGCUCGAGGACGCUACAACAGAUACGAAACAGAGCCACGAGCCGAUCCCGGCGGUCCAGCCGGAGCCUGUUGUCGACGACACGUUUGCUGUGGACGACAGCGACGAGGACGACGACAAGAAGGAGGACGGUAAGAAAGAGUAG